UUCGAACGCUUCAGUCUCUAAAUAAAGUUCUUGUGCUGUGUGCUCGAACAGUUCAGUGGAGGAGCUUUGUCAUUUUAAAGUUUUAUAUACAUAAAUAAUAUUUAAUAUAAUAAAAAUACAGUUUUACAAUCAAGUCGUGAAUAAGUUUUAGUGAUAAUAAACCUUUAAAAUGGCAGCACCUAAAAAAAAUAUGGAGACCGGUCAGACAUUUGAUUCCAAUGCCAUGACAUUGACACGCUUUGUUCUGCAGGAGCAACGCAAAUUCAAGCAUGCCACUGGAGAUCUCUCACAGCUGCUAAAUUGCAUACAGACAGCGAUCAAGGCGAUUGCUUCGGCCGUGCGCAAGGCUGGCAUAGCCAAAUUGCAUGGCAUUGCGGGCGAUAUCAAUGUGCAGGGUGAGGAGGUGAAAAAGCUGGAUGUGCUUUCGAAUGAGUUGUUCAUCAAUAUGUUGAAAUCAUCGUACACCACUUGCCUGCUAGUGUCCGAGGAGAAUGAGCAUGCAAUCGAAGUGGAAGUGGAACGACAGGGUAAAUAUGUUGUGUGCUUCGAUCCACUGGAUGGUUCGUCGAACAUCGAUUGCUUGGUCUCGAUCGGUUCGAUCUUCGCCAUCUAUCGUCGCCAAACAACGGAGGGUGCACCCACAUUGCAAGACGGUCUGCAACCUGGCAAUCAAAUUGUUGCUGCUGGCUAUGCACUCUACGGAUCAGCCACCGCCAUUGUGCUGAGUAUGGGUGCGGGUGUGAACGGCUUCACUUAUGAUCCGGCGAUCGGUGAAUUCAUUUUGACCGAUCCGAAUAUGAGUGUACCGGAAAAGGGCAAAAUCUAUUCCAUUAACGAAGGUUAUUCAUCCGAUUGGGAAGCUGGUGUUUUCAAUUAUAUCGCUGCGAAAAAGGAUCCCGCCAAGGGUAAGCCAUACGGCGCGCGGUAUGUGGGCUCUAUGGUUGCUGAUGUACAUCGUACCAUCAAAUAUGGUGGCAUUUUCAUAUACCCCGCCACUAAGUCGGCGCCCAGUGGCAAAUUGCGUUUAAUGUACGAAUGCAAUCCAAUGGCAUUUUUGAUGACGCAAGCAGGCGGUUUGGCUAGUAACGGCAGGAUUAAUAUUUUGGAUAUUGUGCCGCAGAAAAUUCAUGAACGUAGCCCCAUAUUCCUCGGCUCGAAGAAGGAUGUCGAGGAAGCGUUGAGUUAUGUACAACAGGAACAAAAGUAGUUGAAACACAAAAUUCAAUGUGAAAGGUCUGGAUGUUCAUGUAAAAUUUUACCGACUAAGCUAAUGCCAUUAUAAAUUUUUGUUUUAUAAAAUAAGAUGUUGUCAGAUAAAGCUCUAAAAUGCCAGCAAAAGAAUUUUAAAAAAUAGUAGAAAUAGAAAAAUAAGAAUGUAAAAUGUAAGAAAUCAAGAAAAA